AUGUCAUCUGAGAGGGUUAGCAGGGGAAGGCAGGUGGUGGCAAUGAUGAAGAUGGCGAAUGAGAGCAAUCUCCAAGUCACCUUCUCCAAGCGGCGCUCUGGUCUUUUCAAGAAAGCUAGUGAGCUUUGCACCCUUUGUGGUGUAGACUUGGCCAUAGUAGUUUUCUCGCCUGGACGGAGGGUUUUCUCGUUUGGACAUUCGAGCGUAAACUUGGUUAUAGAUCGAUAUUUGAACCCUGAGAAUUACCGUAUGACAUCCCAAGUGAACUCUGCGACGUUGCAGCUGGUGGAGGCUCAUCGGAACGCCAAUGUCCGAGAACUUAACCAGAAACUGAGCCAUGUUAUGGAGCAGUUGGACGUGGAGAGGAAGCGUAGUAGUGAGCUGAAGAAGGCUCGUAAGGCUAGAGUGUCCUUGUACUGGUGGGAGGCUCCAGUUGAAGCUUUGAAUGAUUUGGCCCAUUUGCAGUAUCUCAAGUCAGCAAUGGAGACGUUAAAAAAGGCUACCAGUCGACAGGCUGAUCAGAUCUUGAUUCAGACUACUGCUAAUGCAAACUCUCUUCUACCACCUAACUUUAAUAAUAUAAAUGUUAAUACACCAUCUUUUUAUGGUGCUGUGACUACUGUAGGUGGUGGUGGUAAUGGAUCAGAAAGAGGACUCCCUAGUUCGGCUGCUUCUUUUCCCAACCAAGGAGGGGUAGUCAAAAUGCUCCAGCAACCUAAUAACAACUAUCGUUAUUAUAAUAAGAACAAUAACAAUAAUAAUAAUAAUAAUGAUAAUAAUGUUGGUGAGGCUAAUUCUUCUUCUGCUGGUACUAGUACUGAUAUACCUCAUUUGCAAGCUGCUAUAACUUCUGGUGUUGGCAGUGUGAACCAUGUCAAUAUGCCUCAUAUUCCUCAAAUGCAGGCUAUGAAUUCUGGUGGUAUUGUCAAUAAUCAUGUCAAUUUGCAGCCUCAUAUGCAGGUAGCUUUUGGUGGUGGUAGUACUGUCAACCAUGUCAAUCUACCUCCUCAUAUGCAGGUUAAUAAUUCUUCUGGUGGUGGUGGUGGUGUCAACCAUAUCAAUUUCUCUCCUAUGCCUCAUCCUAUGCAGCAGGAUAGUGCACCCGCUGGUAAUACCAACCAUAUCAAUAUGUCUGCUAUGCCUCAUAUGCAGGCAAAGUCUUCUCCUGCUGCUGCUAGCAGUGUUGUCAUCAACCAUUUCAAUAUGCCUCCUAUGCCUCAUAUGCAGCAACCAAACACUUGUGCUCCUGCUCCUGGCACUGUCAACCAUGUCAAUCAACUUCCUCCUAUGCAAUUGCCUAUGCUACCUCAGUCUCUGCCACCAUCUUCCCAAUUGCUUUCGCAGCAGUCUAAUCCUCAGGGGACUCAUCAUGCGCUCAACAACAAUGUUGGAUGUGGCCAUGGCUUUUUCUGA